AAGAGAGAAAGUCCAGAAGAUCGGCCAGAGAGCCCUUCUCCCGGCCCAUCAUCCCCUUUCCCUAGUCUAGGGUCUCUAGGGGAGGGAGCCGCCAGAGCCCCCCGCCCUCGCCCUGCCCAGCACCCGGUGCGAGCCACUCUCCUCCACCCGUCUCGUCGCCCCACCCUUUGUGAUUCAGAGCCCCAGCCCCGCCCAGGCGCUAAUUUAACUCGCCUGGCGGACCGGCUAGGCGCUGCUGCUGCUUACAGCUCCUUGCCGGAGCCAGCUUCCACUCACUCCGGGUCCCGGUCCCCGCGCGCCAUGUGUCUCGUUGGCGGGCUGACCGCGCCGGCGCCGCUGCUGCUGCUGCUGUUGCUGCUGUGUCCACCUGCCGCGCAGGGUGACUGCAGCCGUCCCCCAGAGGUACCUAAUGCCCUACUAACUAUGGGAGAUGUCUCGAGUUUUCCUGAAGGAACCACAGUAACAUACAAAUGUAAAGAAGGCUUUGUAAAGGUUCCUGGCAAGGCGGACUCAGUGGUCUGUCUCAACAAUGCAUGGUCAGAGCUGGCAGAAUUUUGUAACCGUAGCUGUGACGUUCCAACCAGGCUACUUUUUGCAUCUCUCAAAACGUCUUUUACCAAACAGAAUUAUUUCCCAGAGGGUUCCAUUGUGGAAUAUGACUGCCGUCCCGGCUACCGGAAGGACCAUUCUCUCUCAGGAAAGCUAACUUGUCUUCAGAAUUUUAAAUGGUCCAAACCAGAUGAAUUUUGUAAAAGAAAAUCAUGUCCUAAUCCUGGGGAUUUAAGAAAUGGUCGUGUCAGCAUACCAACUGACAUAUUAUACGGUGCGUCCAUCUCCUUCUCGUGUAACGAGGGGUACAGGUUAGUUGGUGUCACUUCUAGUUACUGUUCCCUUGUAGACGACAGCGUUGUGUGGAGUGACCCGUUGCCUGAAUGCCAAGAAAUUUUUUGUCCAGAACCACCAGAAGUUAACAAUGGAUUCAUUCUGGAUCUACGGGACACUUAUGUGUAUCAACAGGCUAUAAAAUAUAGAUGUAAUGAAGGCUUCACCCUGAUCGGAGAGAGCUCUAUUUAUUGUACUGUUAAAGGUGACCAAGGAGAAUGGAGUGGCCCGCCACCUGAAUGCAAAGGUUCUCAGAUUUCUAAGGUCACACCACCAGUUCAGAAAUCCACCACAGUGAUUGCAUCAGCUACCAAGCCCACAUCAACUCCUCAGAAACCCACCACAACAAAUGUUCCAAGUACCAAAGCUCCAUCAACUCAGAAACCCACCACAGCGAGUGUUCCAAGUACUGAAGCUACAUCAACUCAGAAACCCACUACAGUGAAUGUUUCAGGUACCAAAGUCCCAUCAACUCCUCAGAAACCCACCACCAUAAAUGCUCCAGCUACAAAGGCCCCAUCAACUCUUCAGAAAUCCAACACAGUAAACGUUCCAGCUACAGAAGUCCCAUCAGCUCCUCAGAAACCCAACACAAUAAGUUCUCCAGCUACAGAAGCCUUACCAACUCCUCAGAAACCCAACACAAUAAGUUCUCCAGCUACAGAAGCCUUACCAACUCCUCAGAAACCCAACACAGUACAUGUUUCAGCCACAAAGUCCCCAUCAACUUCUCAGAAACCCAACACAGUACAUGUUUCAACUACAAAGGCCCCAUCAACUCCUCAGAAACCCGACACAAAUUCUUCAGCUACAGAAGCCCUACCAACUCCUCAGAAACCCAACACAGUAAAUGUUUCAGCUACAAAGGCCCCAUCAAUUCCUCAGAAACUCAACACAAUAAAUUCUUCAGCUACAGAAGCCUUACCAACUCCUCAGAAACCCAACACAGUACAUGUUUCAGCUACAAAGACCCCAUCAACUCUUCAGAAACUCACCACAGUAAAAGAUUCAGCCACAUCCAAAAAAUCCCCCAUAUCAAAUGCUCAAUCUACAGAGACCCCACCAGCAGCCCAGAACCCCAUCAUGGCAAAUGUGUCUGCUACACAGGCCAUGCCAGCCACCCACAGAUCCACCACAGCGAAAGCUUCAUUUACACAGAGUCUUCCAGCAACACGAAAGUCCACUGCUGUACAUGCCCCAGUGACUAAGGGUCUCCAUACAACAAAAAGAUUGACCUCUGCUCAUAUUACAGCAAAACAGAGUUCAGCUACUCCCAGGACAACCAACGCACCUAAAGGAAAAGGGACCGUCUCUUCAGAUGCCGCCAUCAUUGCAACUGUAUCAACAUUUGAGAACCCUCCAAUACUUCCUGCAUUUAUACACAUGGCGUCUCUCAACACUUCCCACAACUUUGCCAGGAGGAAUUGUGAGUUGAAUAAAACAGUGAGACAACGGAAAGGGAAGAGAGAUGGAACUGAGUCACAUUCUUUUGUGGUCCCGUCAAGGUUCUCUACCAUCUGAACAAGUCUCCCCAAGCCCACCUGGAGGUCCACUGUGCUUUCCAGUACCUUCAGAACCUGCCGAAUGGACUUGUAGAGAACACAUUCUGAACAUACUCUACACAGAAGAGCAACUGAAUCGUAACCUCGAUUUCUCUUAACUUCUGUCACCUGCCUUUCCACCUCAUGUGCUCCUUUCAACAAUAAUGAGAAGGAAAACCCAAAGAUCUCAUCUCAAACUUAGUCUUCCUUCUCAGACAGUACUGAACACAAAAGGGACUGGAAUUACUUGUGGUUCUAAUAAUCCAACCAGAUACAUUCAAAACUAAUCACAGAUUGUUACUUUAGAAUAAAUAUAAGGUCUAAAGUUGAGUUUGUAAACUUCCACUUUCUUCCUUCCCAUCACAGGUAAUAAGUACAGGCUAGCCCAUAUCUAUUUUCCUGCCCCUGGAAAGGUUCCAUUAUAGCUGAACAAGUCACUUCUCCACUGAUGUCAGUAUUUCCUUAAUUGUCUUUAACAGGUAAGCCAGCUCUGAGCGUGUUCCCAGCCCAGAAGAGCUUUUGAGUUGUAAGGGAAAAAAUCAUGAGGCUGGGUGUCAGGACAUCAGAUUGCAGUCCCAGCUGUCACUGAGUGGUAUGACCGCCUGUGUUUCAGGACCCCAAGGCCCUCGCCUGCAAAUUAAAUAAGUUAUACUGAAGACUAGCAAAGGUUUAUUCUAGCAUGGGUAAGUGAACUCUACAGUCUAAUCAAGAGCUGGAAAUUAACUCCUGGCCUUGGCUUCAAAAGUCCCUGGUACAGGAAUGAGUCACCUGUCUGGGCAAUCCCUGCAGAGGAGUAAAAAUAACUGAACCAAAUUGGUAUAAGUUCUUCCGAGAAAGGAUCCCUCCUUCCCUUUGGGUUUAACAUUCUGUCCACAGAAUUCAUGUUUUGUCUUAAAGUGCCAAAAGGAUAGACUCAACUUGAGGGAUGUCUUUACCUGUCUCUGGAGAAUCUCCAUUAUCAUUGCUACUUUCCCUCUUUCUUAGUAAACUUUAAUCUAAUUUUUACAAUGUCAUGGAAGUCACAGACAUUUGGGUGCUUUCAGUGUUUUCCAAUAUAUAGCUUGAGUUUUUUUCUUUAUGGGUUCUUCUAAAAGCCCUGUAGGAGGGAGGAGUUGCCCACGGGAUGGAACACUGUCCUCAGUUUGGCAAUAAGGCCCAUGGAGCUUGUUCUGCUCAGUGCUGAGGCCACUUGGCUCUUAAGCCUGUCCUCACCCCUUGCUACUGAAUCCUUCUGGAGAGAGGUUUCCCCGAGAUUCGGAUGAAGGAAGCAAGCACCCAAAUAAAUUAUUUCCCAACUGUGCUCCUCAAGUGUCUCACAUUGGCAUCGUGCCCCCUUUCUCUCUGUGCCCCCCCUUAGAAAAGUUUUCUAAAAGAAUAUCCAGAGUCCUAAGUUUUCCAAAUGAUUCUUUUCUUUGCAAAAGCAGCAAGACGUUCCUCCUCCUUCGGGAAGUCUGGGGCAAUCCAGUUGCGUAAAUUUCCAACUAAGGGUCUCUCAGGGAUUUUCUUGAAAUGAGGAGGAAUGGGGUGCAUCCAACUAUUCCCGAAGUCUCUGGCUGAGAGGUCAACCAGAGGUCCCUCUAGUGCCCACGCUAUACAGCCCUCUGGGAGACAACCCCCCCCCACCUUGUACAGCUACCAGCAGCGAGUGUGAGGGGGUUUCAGAGCUUCUUCCCUACAGAAGGGGCCCCUGCUUCCACAUCUCACUCUGCUCUGGCUCCAGAUCUGGAGGAUGUCCCUUGGGGAUCCAAUAACAGACUCCUGAGAGAGCACCACCACCCACUCCUUCCUGGCCCCCGCAUCUCCAUUCGGAAGUUUUGUUUCUUACACUCUUUGCUAGACAUUUAUGAUGUCAUUCUCUCUGCCUCUUUGUGUAUCUGAAUUCCUUCGUGAUAACCAAUAAAAUCUAAAAGAAUUGGAGGA